GGUUCUACUGAAACCACGCCGUAAUAAAUUUGGCGGUUAACCAGUUGCAUGUGGCUGUGUUAAACGGUAGCUGGGUGAAAAAAGGUUAUAUACAAAUUUCUCUUUUGGAUAGAAGGCAAAAGUUGACUUAAACUCAGUGUGUUAGUGUUUAAAAAAGGUGGUAAAGUGUCUGGAAUUUAAAAAAAAAUGGCACUUCACACACCAAAGCGUGCACCUCGUGUCUUGGCAGAGAUGUUACCCUGUAGCCCGCCCAUGUGCGACACGAUGCUCUACCCCUGGAAUUGGGGCGACGAAGCAAGAAAUCUCAAUUUAAGUCCAGGUAGUUCCUGUUCAUCGCCAGAAUAUAUUGCCGGUCAAAAUGGACCAAAUGCAAGGAAUCACAGCUCCGAAAAUCAUCGUCGAGGACGUCCUCGCGCAGAUGCUCUCUCAAAUUUAAUGAUGCAAGGAAGCACAAGUCCAAGCAGUAUAAAAUGCACCUUUUGCAAUCGUGUAUUCCCAAGGGAAAAAAGCCUUCAAGCACAUUUACGAACUCAUACAGGUGAACGUCCUUAUCCUUGCGACUAUCCAGGAUGUAUAAAGGCCUUCACUCAAUCGGGCCAACUGAAAACCCAUCAACGACUUCACACGGGGGAGAAACCAUUUCUUUGCACUGAGCCAGGUUGUGAUAUGCGUUUUACACACGCAAAUCGUCACUGUCCCGAUCAUCCCUAUGCAACAUUAACACGUUCCGAUGAUUUCGUAUUAAAACCCGUCUCCGAAAAUAGUGAAUUAUCACAGGAAGUUGCUCGCUGGCUAGAGCGCUACAGACUAUCACGUGAACGUGAAGAUCGAACUCCAACAGGGAAGAGCGAACAGAAAAUGUUAAAGUCCUGGAAGGGUAACAGUGAAUAUUUUCGACGUGGAGGAAAAUUCAAGAAGGGCCUGAUAAUGGACGCAAAUGGCGAGCAGGAGAACUUGGAUCGUAAGCCACUAAACAAACGGCUCUAUUGCGCUGAAAAUCAGGACAGUCACGACGAUAGUCAAGACGAGGAUCCCAUUGAAACAUGUACAAUGCUACACAUGUCCGAGGAUGACGAACCGUCGUCAAUGAAAUUGCCGACAACGCCUCGACGACCGCUCGAUCGACUUCAGCCAAAGAAACGAUGGCUUCGUGAAGCCUGUCUCGAGCAACAACUAGCUAAACCCCUCAGAUGGGACGUUCAUUCCACGGCUCUAUCACCUCACUCAACAACUGAAUUAAAUCUACUCCACAACACCGAAGACACGACCAAUCUCUCAAAGGAAUGGAGUCUCUCCGCCUCAACCUCUCCUGGAAUCAUCCCAGAAGAAAAAAUAAAAGUCGCCGACGCAUACAUCGAAAAUGAAAUAUGCUGGGACCUGGGAGUCGCUUCAAAUGUCUCUGUCACUGACACAACGAAUACAACGGAAAACCGUAGCGUCACAUCAACCUCACGCAAUUUGGAGCGUGAAUUUUGGGAACCAUCCUGCGAAUCAUUGGCCUGUUUGACAAACAAUAACAAUGGACCAAACGCCAUUCAACAUCACGAAGAAAUAAAUGGCGAAGUCUCAAGCUCAUGGAAUAUGAAUAUACAAAAUGAUCUUCUCAAUGAUUCCCAAUGUCAUUCGUCAUCGAAAUUUGAGGAUAAAUCAAUGCUCAAUACAAUCACCCGCACUGAAAACGAAACACGACCGACUGUAUUAAUGCUCGCUGGUUCAGCUUGCAAUAAAAAUAAUCUACAAUCGCCAACAUCGAGAUUCAACAAUAACGAUGCAAAAGUUGUCGUUAUUCCCCAAGAAGAAGUUGUGAAAAUACAAUUUCCCGAGGAUAAUCAAAAAUGGCUCGGUGCAUUGGCACUCAUGGAAUUGGCAAAGGCUCAAGAAGAAGAGGCUGUACGUGCUCUCACUAAAAUAAAGAGAGAAUCCUGCGAUAGAAUUAAUUAUACAAAUUUAUAAAUCGAACUGUGAUUCUUUUUAAGUCAUUCGAUUUUUUUUAAUACUUUCUUUUUAUCAUUCGUAAUCAAGUACAUUACGAAUAAGACGGGUUUUCAAAUUUUUGGUCGUUUUAAAUCAUUUUUAAAACAUUUUUAUAACUAAAUAAAAAAUUACCGCUCUAAA